AUGGCGGUUGAACCGGGUGGUGAGAAACAGAUAGGGAGUGGCGGCAAAGAACUUUUGGAGAGGACCGUGCAAAUAUUGACUCCAGCAUUCGAGGAUGACCCAGUCUACAAUUGGCUCUUGUACGAUGUCCCUGAGCCGAAACGGAAAGUGAUGCUCCAGAAGCUACUCUCCGGAUUUUUGACACAGGGGAGUCUCAACGACGGUAUUUUUAUCCAAGUAGAAGAUUUCGCUUCAUGUGGCCUCUUCAUGCCGCCAAAUACGAGCAUGGACAAUCUCUGGACACUUCCAUCUGCUGGUAUUUUUACGGCCUUAUGGGAAAUAGGCAUAGGAUGCUUCAAGCGCGCUAUGGUUGAGUACAAUGGUGGUGUUGAGCCAUUGAUGAAGAAAGCGUUCACCAAAGCUGAGCAAAAGGAGCACUGGUAUGUUUUCAUCAUGGCUACAGAUGUAGACCGUCGCCGAAAAGGCCAUGCAAGUAAGUUGCUUGCGCACUUACAAGAUAGGGCACGAGAAGGCAAGCAUCCCAUCUGGCUUGAGGCUACAACGGAUGCUUCCAGAGAGCUAUAUCUGAAACUUGGAUUUGAAGUGUUUGGUGACAUAAAUUUGGGAAAGGGAGUAGUUGGAGACGAUGGACUGCCUAAGGAUGACGGCGAAGGCAUCACUAUUUGGUCCAUGCUCUGGCGACCGUGA